CGUGUGCACCGGCGCCGUGUUCCUGGGCGCCGAGAUCUGCCCCUACUCGGUGUGCUCGCGGCACGGGCUGGCCGUCGCCUCGCACAGCGUGUGCCUGACCCGCCUGCUGAUGGUGGCCGCCUUCCCCGUGUGCUACCCGCUGGGCCGCCUGCUGGACUGGGCGCUGCGCCAGGAGAUCAGCACCUUCUACACGCGGGAGAAGCUGCUGGAGACGCUGCGGGCCGCGGACCCCUACAGCGACCUGGUCAAGGAGGAGCUCAACAUCAUCCAGGGCGCCCUGGAGCUGCGCACCAAGGUGGUGGAGGAGGUGCUGACGCCCCUCGGGGACUGCUUCAUGCUGCGCUCCGACGCGGUGCUCGACUUCGCCACCGUGUCCGAGAUCCUGCGCAGCGGCUACACCCGCAUCCCGGUGUACGAGGGCGACCAGCGGCACAACAUCGUGGACAUCUUGUUUGUCAAGGACUUGGCCUUCGUGGACCCCGACGACUGCACCCCGCUCCUCACCGUCACCCGCUUCUACAACCGGCCCCUGCACUGCGUCUUCAAUGACACCCGGCUGGACACGGUGCUGGAGGAGUUUAAGAAGGGAAAAUCUCACCUGGCCAUUGUCCAGCGGGUGAAUAAUGAAGGGGAAGGGGACCCUUUCUAUGAGGUGAUGGGCAUUGUCACGCUGGAGGACAUCAUAGAGGAAAUCAUCAAGUCCGAGAUCCUGGAUGAAACUGACCUCUACACCGACAAUCGGAAAAAGCAGAGGGUCCCGCACCGGGAGAGGAAGCGCCAUGACUUCUCCUUGUUUAAGCUUUCCGACACGGAGAUGCGGGUGAAGAUCUCGCCACAGCUUCUGCUGGCUACACACCGCUUCAUGGCCACAGAAGUAGAGCCCUUUAAGUCUCUGUACCUUUCGGAGAAGAUCCUCCUCCGACUCCUGAAGCAUCCCCACGUGAUCCAGGAGCUGAAGUUUGACGAGAAGAACAAGAAAGCCCCAGAACACUACCUCUACCAGCGCAACCGCCCUGUGGACUACUUUGUGCUGCUUCUGCAGGGGAAAGUGGAGGUAGAGGUGGGGAAGGAAGGCCUUCGCUUUGAGAAUGGAGCCUUCACCUACUACGGUGUCCCAGCCAUCAUGACCACUGCGUGUUCAGACAGCGACGUGCGGAAGGUUGGAAGUCUGGCUGGAUCCUCCGUCUUUCUGCCCGUCUCUGGGUCUCGUACCUCCGCCGUCAGCAGAGGGGACUCUCUGGCGGGCUCCCCAGUAAACCGGUCCCCUUCCCACUGCAGCGGGUUGAAUCGCUCCGAGUCUCCGAACCGGGAGCGCAGUGACUUUGGGGGGAGCAACACCCAGCUGUUCAGCAGCAGCAACAACCUCUACACACCUGACUACUCCGUGCAUAUCCUCAGCGACGUGCAGUUUGUGAAGAUCACCCGGCAGCAGUAUCAGAACGCCCUCACCGCCUGCCACAUGGACAGCUCGCCUCAGUCCCCCGACAUGGAGGCCUUCACCGACGGAGACUCCACCAAGGCCCCCACCACCCGGGGCACACCCCAGACGCCCAAGGAUGACCCUGCCAUCACGCUUCUGAACCACAGGAACAGCCUGCCGUGCAGCCGCGCGGACGGGCUGAGAAGCCCCGGCGAGGUCGUGUACCUGAGGAUGGAGGAGCUGGCCUUCCCCCCGGAGGAGAUGGCUGACUUCCAGGGGCACAGCCCACACCUGCUCACGACGUCCCCCGCAGCCGUGCCCACGGGAGCAGCCUCAGAGAGUGAAUGUUGCAAUAUCCGCCUAGAUACUGAGACCAGCCCUUGCAGUAGCGACUUUGAGGAAAACGUGGGCAAGAAGCUUUUGAGAACCUUGAGUGGUCGGAAAAGGAAGAGGUCGCCAGAUGGAGACAGAACCUCUGAGGAAAACUCCAAUUUAAUGCCUCUGAUCACAUGACGGGGCGAAGCCAGGGUUCGCUGGGUGUGUGAGAUUCCAGAGACUUGGGGGAGAACCCGCCCUCCCAUCAUCUGCUGCCCCCCAAGGCCUUCCACAGGUGAAAGAACGUUCUGCCGUCCUUCCCGCCUCUUCACCCCCAGCUGUCGUGUCGGCAGCUUUUCCCUCGUUGCCGCCAGUUUGACUCAGAGCCUUGCCAUGGCCGUAACGGAACAUGCUAGACAUCGUUUUGCCCACAGCACAGUCUGGACCUGGAGAAGAGGUGGCUCCAAGCUAACAACACCACUCUGAGACCCCCGAUGUUCUUCUCUGCCCUUUGGGAUCCUCUAAUGCUGCAGGAGACCCCUGUCUCAGAACGCACCGUUCUUUCCUCCAGAACAAAAUGUCAACUUUCAGCCAGGUUUCGUGCUUAGCUUAGCCCAGAAGACACCACUGGCAGACAGCCCCAGGGGCAGCCGGAGCAGCAGGUAUGAGGAUGAACUAGUUCAGGGGAGGGACCAAGAAUUCCUGUGGAGCCUUAAAGCAGUGGGAUGCAGCCGUGUGGGCGUGUGAUGGGUGUUACAGCACAGAAGGCUGUGAGUGACGGGUCUCCUGUGAGACGAGGGUUCCAGCAGCCUGGAGAAGCAUUUCUCAGCUGGAAUGGAAAGAAUGCAGCAUGGAACCUCACGUCACUGUUUUUCCCAGGGACACAUCUGUUUUCGCUCCCAACCAGCCGUCAUCUGUCGAUCUGAAAAAGGAGGAACAGGAGGCAGAGAGACCCAGCUGGGAGCCAGAGAUGGAAAUUCGGGUUUUAAGUGCAAAGCAAAAAUAUAUAUAUAUAUAUAUAUAUCUCUAAGUGUUAAGAGCAAGUUUAGCCAUGACAAACCAAAGAGUGCCCAGGUCAGUUAGGAGAGAGGCAUGCUUGCGUGGGACUUCAGGAAUGUGGAAGAAUCGUCUUCUUUUUCAUGCAUUCGCCCCUCCCCAACCCCUUUACUACACCCCAGCAGAUCAGCUGAAUAUACUUUAUUCCAGGAAUUUACUAGAAUUAAUCUCUAGUGAAAUCUGGGUCUUCUCCUGGAUGUUGGAGCGGGUGCAAUUCCAAGCCUGACCACCAGGUGGUAGAACAACUGUGCAGACCUGCUUCCAAGCAGAAACUAGUUCUGAUGGGAACCACAGCCAGCCUUAGGGAACAUUGGGCAGUAAGUGAAGUGGGUCUUUGGGGGGCACCCGUCUCCCUGUCUGAUCUGUCUCCCACCCCUUGGAUGCCCCCGUCGGGUACCCGGUGUCCGAGUGCCGUCUGCUGACGCUCCAGCCCGUCCGCCAGCUUUUUCCUGUGGUUUACCAAUCCGGCUACCCCUCCCCUUCCC